UUGAAAAAGCUGAAAACUUUUUUCCUCCAUCUUUGAUUUCCCGCUUGGUUUCGAAACGGACAGAUCCAAGCAAAUCGAAUUUUAGUCUUGUUUGUUUACAUCAACACUGUGUAGGACUCAGGUGUCAAUAGUUGAUGGCCUUCCACCAUUUUCAGUUUCGACACGUCCUAUAGUUAAGUUUAUUGUCGUCUACGAUUAAGAAAUUUAAUGGCUGUUGCGAUGGCUGUCAACAAGACGCCAAUGCCAGAAAGAAUGGCAUCGAAAUCUGUUUCUAAUUCGCGAAAAAGCAUAUCGCUUUUCAACAGCCCGAAAGUCCGAAAAUCGAUUGGAGCCAAUAUGUCUCCAGUUGUUUUGCUAGAACCACUACACGGAGAAAUUGUUACUGGACUACAAUUUGACCUAUCAAAAACUGCACCGAAUAAUGAUGAAAAAGAGUUACGAGAGAGGCAAAAACAGAGGGCGGCUGAACUCCAACAACAAAACUUGUCCUCACCAGCUACACCUGCUGAUCGUAGGAAAUCUAUGGGACCUGCUACCGGCAUGACUAAUGCAGCCUUAGUUGAACAUUAUUCCAACUGUAUUAAACUUUCUGCAGAAAAUAAAAUUAACAUGAAAAAUGCCUUUAACUUACAACUCAUUGACUGCAUGUCUGAGAUGUUGAGGAAAAAGGAUCCAGAGAUGAACAACUUUCAGGCUGCAAGCUGUACUUUGGAUGCCAGCACCAAAAUCUAUGCUUACCGGGUUGAUUGUGUUCAUAUUGACACAAUAAAAAUGGCAGGAGGCUUAGGAAGAACUGGUAGUGAAGGUCAAGAACAAGAAGGGAAUGCACAGACGGCAGAAGGCGAUCAGGAUGAUGCAACUAAAGCCAAGAAAAAAACUAGAAAAAAGAACAAGAAAACUAUCGAAACGAACAAAGAUCAUCUAAAUUUGUCUAAAUUUGAUUUGGAAUAUGAUGUCGACCCAUUGUUCAAAAAGAAUUCGGCUAGGUUUGAUGAAGGCCGUAACGGCGGUGUCAACUUUCUUACUUCAUUGAUUUUGAAGGACGAUGGAUGUCAGUUAAUUAUGGAUUCUGAUUCGUUGUGCAAUUCCGUAUCUCAAGCUGCAGAACAAACACAAAUCACCUGCCCUACUGUCCAUGGUAAAUUUCAUGUUCAUAUUCCAGUCGACAGACUAAUUGAAAAGCGGUCAAAUUCGUCCAUAGGAUUGGAGUCGGCUGAAAUUUGCCCUACUCUGAAAGGAUUUAGUUUCACCAGUUGGGAUCCUACCAACGACGAUCUCAUGGGUGUUCUUCAAAGUCCAACAAAACGGAAACAUGAAGAAUAUCAAACUUCCGCGUUGCCUGCCGCUAGCGAAGAUCAUGCCUUUGAUAUGGAUGCCAUUCCGGAAACUUGUGGUGGUAAUGAUUCUGAGAACGAAAUCCAUAUUGGAAUGGAAGAUAUUGAUGAAGAAGAAGGUACUGAUCGUCAUCGCAAUGCCGAGGGUCAACUGAAUCCCGUACCGAUCCUUGCCCGCAACGGCAAGGAACUGGGAAUCAUUGAACUUAAAGAUCAGCUAAACCGACAGGAUUACUCGUACUUUAGCGCCGCCGUUCGCUCAGCAUGGGCAGGGCCGCUUCAUUGGCGACUCAACAAACCGGGUCAGAAAGUUGAUCCCAAUCGAGAAGUGAAAAAGAAAAGACGGAAGGACACAUUCGUCCUAAAUUUUGAAGAAAUUCCAAAUUUUGGCAACGAUUUCAAUCCUGCUAAAAAUACUUCAAAGCUGACCAGCGCUACAUUGUUGCAAUGGCUACCAGAGAAGAUAACCCUUCCAGAAGACUUACAUUAUGGUCUGAAGGAAUUCACACAAUCCUUCACACGACCCAUGUUAUCGGUGAGAUCAAGCAAAAACACUGGGCCUUCGCAUGACUUAGAGGACGUCCUUUCGCCAUACGACUACGCAAAUAAAAGAGACGCUGAUAAUUUCUGUCCUGUUGCUAACGCCGACUCAGAGAAUGAUGACCAUCAUGAUCCUGGCAUGACGUUUGACGAUCAAACGAUGGAUUUUGUUAGCCAGAGCGAUGGGACAAAGACGUUCGGUCAAUUUUCUGGUGAUAAUUUGAUUGCAGCCCCUAACAUGGUUGCUAAAAUUCAGAUCAAUUACGCCAAAGUUGCCAAAAAGAUGGACAUGAGGCGAUUGAAAUCGACAAUGUGGAAUAUGCUGAAUCAGCCAAACGCAAAUACUACGAGUAAAGCUGAAGUAGGAAACCCAAAACCAUUUUCUGAGACGUAUCAUCAAAUCCCGAGUUUACUGCCACAGAAAAUGGCUGACAACUUGAGUGUAGCCUUGGCCUUUGCAGCUCUGCUUCAUCUGGCAAACGAAAACACUCUUCGUCUUGAACAGACUUACGGGAAUUUGGAUGACUUCGUCAUCGUUCAUCCCAAUUAAACACAAUUUGGAUCCAUGACGCCUUAACCCUUUUACUCGUGUACACUCUGCAACAAAAGAACCCUUUUCUUUUAAAAUUCCCUUCAAAAUAUUUCUGGUGCGUUCAUUAUACUUUGUUUUAUGUUGCCUGGCAAAGAAAAUGCGUCUUUAUUUACAAACUACAACCGUGAAUGAAACAAACUUUUUUUUGCGGUUUGAUCAACGAGAGCAUGUAUUGGGUUAAGAUGAGACGAACAUGGAACAAUCGGACAAACUUAGAAAACUGCAACCCAUUAUAGUUUAGGGUUCCACCAAGGCAACACACUGUUGUUUUUUGGACAUCACUACAACACGCACGCUGUACUUACUUUUUGUAAUGAAACAGUACUUGAAUAAGAAUUACCAAAAAAAAAAGAAA